AACACUGUUUUGAAAAUAUUAACAAAUAAAAUUAGAUGAAAGGAUGAAGGUACAAGUUAAUUUCGCUUCAAAAUUGUUUGAAGAUUCAAUGAAUUGUCAAGAGUGUGUGUAUUGCCUGUAAAUUCCCACCACAUGAACCAUAUCAUCAAAAGCAUCAGAAUCUCUUUAUAAAAAUAAAUCAAAAGCAUCAAAAUUAUCCUUUCUCUCUUGUUAAGUAGAGAGACAUUGAAGCUUCUUUUUCUCCUGUUAAGAAAAUAAUAAUGGACAGUCCGAAUUCUCCUCUUCAACCUCCUACUUAUGGUAACUUGAUCACUAUUCUUAGCAUUGAUGGUGGUGGCAUCAGAGGAAUUAUUCCUGCAACUAUUCUCUCCUUUCUCGAGUCUGAGCUUCAGAAACUAGAUGGGGAAGGAGCAAGGCUUGCAGAUUACUUCGAUGUGAUUGCGGGGACGAGCACAGGCGGUCUAGUGACUGCAAUGCUGACCGCCCCAAACAAAGAAGGUCGUCCCUUAUUUGCUGCCAACGAGAUCAAGGACUUCUAUCUUGAGCAUUGUCCUAAGAUUUUUCCUCAAGAUCAAUUUCCUUUUUCGGCUGCGAAAAAUUUGUUGAAGUCUUUAACCGGACCAAAGUAUGACGGUCACUACCUUCACCAACUUAUCAAAGAAAAAUUAGGAGACACAAGAUUAGACCAAACACUCACCAACGUAGUGAUUCCUUCUUUUGAUAUUAAACAUCUUCAGCCUACAAUCUUCACUACCUAUGAGGUGAAAACUAAACCUUUCAAAAACGCACUACUUGCGGAUAUUAGCAUCUCAACCUCAGCUGCCCCGACUUAUCUGCCUGCCCAUCACUUUCAAACACAAGACUCGGCCGGGAACGUCAAGGAGUUCCAUCUCAUUGAUGGUGGUGUUGCAGCUAACAACCCAGCUUUGUUGGCCAUUGGAGAAGUGACAAAGGAGAUUACAAAAGGUAAAACUGAUUUCUUUCCCAUAAAAGCAAAUGACUACGGAAGAUUUCACGUCCUUUCGCUUGGGACCGGUGAUCGUAAGGUCGAUGAGAAAUUCGAUGCAAGAGAAUGUGCGGGUUGGGGAAUGUUGAGUUGGUUGACACACAAUAAUUCCACGCCAAUCAUCGAUGCCUUUACACAAGCAAGCUCCGAUAUGGUUGAUUUUCAUCUAUCUACCGUAUUCCAGGCUCUCCAUUCUGAGGCUAACUAUAUCCGUAUCCAGGAUGAUACACUAACUGGGGACGCAUGCUCGGUUGAUAUAGCAACAGAGGAAAAUUUGAGUAAUCUGGUGAAGACAGGAGAGAAACUAUUGAAGAAACCAGUGUCAAGAGUAAAUCUAGAAACGGGGCGCAAUGAGGAUGCCAACGAGACUACAAACGAGAAGGCUCUUAUCAUGUUAGCAGGAAUCCUCUCCGAGGAGAAGAGACUUCGUGAUAUUAGAUCUCCUCAUGGAAAACCGUCCCAAACGCGUUUAAACAAAACGUCGGUUUGUUUAUAUAACUCAUUCGAGACUAAAGAGCACAUGUCUAAAUAAUGCUAGUCGUAAACUCGUCGCUGAGUAAUCAUCCAAUAGUCGCUAAAUUUGGCGACUACAUAUGUAAUCGUUUUCUUUAGUCGGAAAAACUCUGUUUUCAUGUACUCUAUCUUAUUACUCGUAUCAUAUUGGUAAUGCACUUUGAUACAAACAUCUUUGUAGCAAUUUCUAUACAAUAUCUGAUUAUUAAGAGUAUCUAUAGUAGUAGGGUUGGUGUAA